GUUGGCUCAUGGCCCGGGAAAACUUUUCCUUGUUGGGAGCCCUGGAGCAUGUGCAGAGGCUCCGGGGGACCGUGCUCUCCAACCACGGCUUCCGGCUGCAGCUGGUGCGCUUGGCCCUGCAGCUGGGGAAGCUGGGAGGAGCCGACUUUCAAAAAGCCCGAGAAGAGAAGGCCUCCGAGCCGUUGGCCGGCUCGGGGGGCCUCCAGAAGAUCAUCAACACCAAACGUCUCAGCGUCAAGUACGGUCACAACUCCAAAGACUUCGAACGACAGCCUAUCAAGAAGGCACUGAAAGAAGCCUCACUGAUUGAUCGGAAUUCGAAGUCAGUGAUCUCCAAUGAAGUGAGUGGACUCGUCAGCCAGCGCAAACUGUCCCUUGAACUCGUUGCCUGCCUGACGCACUGGAACAAGAACUUUCUCGACCACUACGAGUACACAGCAGAUCCGCCGGUGGUAGUUGGCCGCGGCUUUAGUGGAGAUGUAGUGCUGUGUCAAAGGCGCAAUGCGCGAGAUUUUGGAGGCCGACCACAGAACAGUCUGCGCUGUGUGAAGCGCUUCAACUUGACAUCCAUGAAACCGGAUCAUUUAGAGAAGCUGAAGAACGAGGCAGUCAUCUACCUUUCGCUAGAACAUCCCCACAUCGCACGUCUCUUUGAUGUCUACGAAGAUGAUGAGGAGCUAAGCUUGGUCAUGCAGUACUGUGGAGGUGGCACCCUUCAAGACGUCCUACGGAGCAAGGGGCCAUUUCCUGAGCCAGACUUCAAGCAAGCUGCUGUCCAGAUGCUACGGGUUCUGAACUACGUCCACCGAGCUGGCAUCGUGCAUCGAGACAUCAAGCCGCGGAACUGGGUCUACGAGGCUGAGCGAAACAUCCUCAAGCUCAUCGACUUUGGCUUUUCCGCCAAGUGCUUGAUGCUCCACGAAGGACGUGGGGCCAAGAUCGAGGGAA